GUCUGGCCAGUUCUUGUGUAACUUGGUGCUACAGUUUCUUAUUGGAGGGAAUGUACGGCAGCUUUAUUGUGUCGGCUCCUUGUAAUUACAGGUCAUGUUGCCUGUCACUCACAUUAAUAAUUUAAAUGCUUUAAGCCUCUGGUUUCUCUAAAGCUGUGUGAAUGGUGACUUUUAUUUCAAUGUUUUGAGAUGCUAUGUGGAUACGUUUCAUUUUAUGUUGCAAAAAGUAAGGAUAGAGCUUGGGUUUGAAAGGAUUUUGGAUUAAUGGGAGUUCAUCUCAGGUAGUUUUUUUCCUACAGUUUGAUUUAAGAUAUUUGUUACUUCUACUGCUGGUUUUGAGCUGAUCAUAGCCAUUUUAAUUUGCUACUAAGUUAAUAUUUGGUUACUUGGGUUGCUUAAAUUGUUUAACAGUACAGUAUGUAGUGAAAUUCACAGUCAUUUUUUAAUGCAAAAUGUGAUCUUAUCUUAAGUAUUUUUUCAAUUAUUAUUUUGACUUAACAUGAUGACUUUACAAAAUCCAUUGAUGCUUAUGUAAUGUGAUGCAACUGCAAUCCAAAUCCUCAUUUUGGGAUUGGGUCCAAACUGAGGUCCAUUUCCCCUGAUAAGGUCAUGGUCUCGGGGUUGGUCAUUUUAAGCUCAUAAUCCCUCUCUAAUCAGGAAUAUUCAAUGUCUAUAGCUCAUAUGAAAUGUUCUGAAAUCACUAGUGUGGUUUGUUGAUCUUUGCAGUCGCAGUGAGGGGAAAGUCUUAUCAAUUUCUACGCAAUGAUUGGUGUCAUAUUUCUCCUGGUCGUAUUGGGACACGCCACAGUGGGGUCUAAGCUGUGUCCAAGUCAUUGCCUGUGUUACGAGUUGUCGGAUUUGGUGGAUUGUCAGUCUCGGGGCCUGGCCAGUGUCCCGUCCGGAAUACCACACGGGACCUGGCUCCUGGAUCUGAGCGGGAACAGGAUGACACAAGUGCAGAGCCGCUCCUUCAGAGGUCUGUGGUCUCUCAAAAUCCUGCUCAUUUCAAAUAACAGCAUCCAGACUCUACAGCCAGAGUCUCUGUCAUCUCUGGAGUUUCUGGAACGUUUGGACUUGAGCUACAACCGCCUCAAAACACUUCCUCCAGACUUUUCCCACAAACUAUUUUCACUCAAAGAACUCCGUCUUAACCACAACUUCCUGCAUCUCCUGGACCCCACCUCUCUGCACGACCUGGAAAACCUACGUAAACUGGACCUGAGUUACAACCAGAUCACUUCUUUGGAUGUCAGAUUGUUCAACAGCCUUUCUCAUCUCAACUACCUCAACUUGGAAGGAAAUAAAUUGAAUGUUCUUGUAGAUGAUUUGUUGAGUCGGCAGCAGAAUCUCCAAAUCCUACAUCUUGGCCACAACAACAUAUCCGUAAUAGAGAAUCAAGCUUUUACCCCAUUGAGAAGUCUGACCUUGCUUAGUUUACAUGGCAACCAACUAGUUCACAUUCGUUUUAAGACAUUUUUAGAGCUGCAAACCGCUAACACCCAUUUACAACUGUCCUCAAAUCCUUGGACAUGUGAUUGUGAGCUGCAGCGUGUUUUUGGUAAGAUCCAGCGUGUAAAACAUUUACAGGUUGUAGAUUAUAAAGACAUAAUCUGUCAUGGGCCCCUUCAGUUGGCAGGGCGCGCUUUAACCUCUCUGGACAGUCAGUUAUGCAUGGCAGAAACUGUCUCUGUUUUGGUCAUUACUAUCACUGUCCUCCUGGCUGUGAUCGGGGCACUGGUGAAAGCUGAACGCAAUCAGAAGAACAAGCAAAGUCAAAGUGAAUCAGAUGAAGAUAAACAUAAUAAAUGAUAAUUAUUGCUUUUUAAGCAUAGAAAGAUGCUGUGGGAUUGGGAUUAGCAGGUGACGCAAAAGAGGGAAACCACAAAAUAUCGAGUUGCUGUGAUCUGUCACUUGAGCACUAUUCUUGGGCUGCACAGAAAGGCUUUGGGUAUUAACUGUUGUAUCAAGUGGAGUCAUUUAAUCCACUACAAUGACUAAAUGCCCUGUUUUAUCAGCAUUUUUGUAAACCUUUAAAGGUGCAUUAUGUUCCAUUUCAGGUAUGGUCUACCAUGCUUGUCUUCAUGGAGAUAUUUUUGCGUUGCCUGAAGUGUUCCAACAGAUUUGAGAUUGACAAAUUCAGUACCCAAGAGACAGGUGGCGUCACCAGGGCAGAUUACAGGUCAAGUCUGUGGAGAAGCAAUCACAGUAACAGUGUGAGGUUUUUGGUGUUUGAGCAACAAAAAGACAAGAAAUGAAAAAUAAAAUGCAAUGUAAGUUUACAUCACACUGUUAAACAAUUCAGGCAAAGCACUGUUAAACUGACUAUUAUGCAAUGUUAAAAGUUUCCCACUCAUAUAAUGGAGAUGUUAAAAUAUGUCGAAUAUCAAAUUCUUAUGCCUAAUUGCACUGUAAUCUUGCAGUAGAACUUUAAAAAGCAGAGACACUGUUGUUUCAGUGCAGCCAGAAGAUAUAGUGAUAAGUAUUUUAUGAUUAUUAUUAUAUAAAAUAUUACAGGACAUACAGUGAUGUAAAUACUUUGUUUAUAUUGUACUCUGGGAUUUGAAUAUUGUUAUAUCAGAUUUCUAUGACAUAUAUAGUGGCUGGAGAGGUGGCAUCCCAUUUUAUCAAGUGAAAUGUUUUGUACCAAAUCAAAUUUUGGCCUCCAC